UUUUGUAUGUCAGGGAUGGCAGACGACGCUUUAUUUGAGUUUCUCCAUAUGGAGAUUGUGGCACACGUUUACAGGGAUCAUCAAUCCAUUAAAGGAGAGGCGGACAACAAGAGGGCUUCACGUGUGUCUACUUUGGAGGCAAUGGGCUACAGAGUGGGGCAAGGGCUCAUUGAGAGGUUGACGAGGGAUUCCCCCUGCUUCAAAGAUGAGUUGGAUAUAAUGAAAUUUAUAUGUAAAGACUUUUGGACAAAAGUAUUCAGGAGGCAGGUGGACAAUCUCAGAACAAACCACCAGGGCACCUAUGUAUUGCAGGACAACAAAUUCAAUCUGCUGACACAGCUGUCUAAUGGUAAACAGUACUUGGAUCAAGCACCAAAGUACCUUGCCUUUUCCUGUGGUGUGGUGAGAGGAGCUCUGUCAAAUUUAGGUCUUGAAAGUGUAGUUACAGCUGAGGUUUCUGUCAUGCCAUCAUGUAAAUUUCAAGUUGUCAUCCAGAAAUUAUGA